AAGAAAAAUAUCUAAAAUUUUUGUUUGUAAUGUCGUAUUAUUUAUUUCAGGUGUAUUAAAGUAUUUGAUUUUGCUUUAUACUUAGUAAAAGACUUAUAAAAAUAUUUGUUAAGACACUACAGUAUGCAUCAUACUAUGUUUCUUUUAUUUGUGUAUCCUUGUAGUUGAUGUGAAUGUUGUGUUGUCAAGUGUAGUUCUUUUGUGAGAUUUGACAUAAAUAAGGAUAAUUAUAAACAACAUGAUAACUAAAUAGAAAAUAAAAAUGACUGAAAGAGCAUACGACGGAGAACAAUCAUCGUCUGCGUGGGAUAUUCCUGGGCCAUCAUCUAUAGCUGCAAUUUUAGAUACUGUUUAUACGUCUCCGGCCUCUGAUAAUAUACUACGGAAUGAGGAAAUGGAAUGUGAUCCAUUAUUUGCUGAAAGUGAUGAUGAAGUAGAAGUCUUGCCUGUCCCUAUUGAAGUAAUGUCAGAAAGAAGUGCAGCAACACCAAAAAAUGCUAUAUCAUCAAGUUACGUGAAUUCCACUUCACCAAUCCAACCUUUGUCCCAUCCUGUAUCUGCAUACACACCUGUCCCUGAAGAAUACCAGCCCUUGCCAGACAGUUCUAGUUCUAUUGAAUAUGGUCUUGGUAGGAAUAAUCCAGAUAGUACUAUUUCACUUGGACCUGGACUUCAUGACCUAAACAUGCGCUAUCAACCAAAACCAGCUAAUCAGCAGAGUGGCUAUUUUUAUCCUAAUUAUAUACACUAUGCUAGUGUAAGACCUACUGCAGAGUAUAUAGUUGCCCCAUACCCCUCAAACAACAUGAUUGUACUUGGUGAGGAUAGGAGUCAUGUUCCAAUAAAUUACACACUCUCCCAUCAGCAACAAAUUCAAGAGAGCAAUUUGACACGCCUACGAUAUGAACAUAUGUCCACUGUUAAUGAUUCUCUAAACCUCUUUCCUAGUAAUGGAAAUCGAAAUCAAAGUCACACAAAUAAUUUAGAAAGACCGAGUCGUAAAUUAAACAUAUCUCCCAGGAGAAAACAUUCAAAGGAAAAUGAAAGUAAUCCUAACACAAUAGAAGUAAGUUCAGAGGAAGAAGACAAUUUAUCUACACCUAGUAAAAAGCAAUGUGACAGUAACAUAACUAGAGAAGUGACAAAUUCAAACAGAGAUCAGGGUAGUAGUUCAAGGCCUGGAGGUAGCAGUUCUAGCUCAAGCACGAGGGUAGAUGUAAAAAGAGAGCCACAAGAACAAACUGAAAUGUUAACAAGAGCUAACAGGGUAACUGCUAAUCAAGCUCAACCUGAACACACUUAUCAAAUAAAUAGGCCAAAUAAUCAAAAUCAAGCACAAACUACACCCAGGCCAACAUUUGGAAAUUUACCACAGCAUCAUAAUAUUCAAGUGAAACAAGAAAAUCCUGCUGUCUCUCGCACUCCUCAUAGUUGUACUUGUCCAAAUAACCAUGUGCACACAUGUUCGUUCCUCACACAAGCUGAUCAAAACUUGGCUCACAGAUCAAGCCCAAAUUACUUUAACUAUCACAAUGGAUCACAUCAUCACCACCAUCACCACCACCACCAUCAUCAUAGGACUUUCCAUAAUGCUCAUGACAAUCCAGCAGGUUCAACAAAUCCAACUAUUUCACACAUUAAAGAAGAACCUGACUUGCAGCCAGUUGUGAAAGUUGAAAAUGUAAUCGAACAGCAAAGUCAAAAUAAUAACCGGCAACCACAAGCAGCAAUAGUAAAAGUUGAAUCAAUGGAACAAGAUCCAGUGAAGUCAGAACCCGGGACAUCCAGUCCACAGCGGAGCAAAAGUAGUAGCAAUAGCAAUGCAGUACAAGUGAAAUCUGAGCCUCCAACAACAACAAGUGUAUCCAGAAAACGUGAUAUUGAUGGCGUUGAUCGAAGAGCUAAAGAUUCUUCACCGCAACCGGGUACUAGUUCAGGAAGAAUUCCACAAUCAGAAAAUUAUGCCACAGCAAAAGAGAACAACAAUCAGGCAAAUCCACCAAAAAAUUCCGAGGCAGCUACUGGUACUGGCAAUGUAUUAUCUGCACCAGAUUUGCAAUUAGACUGGGUGUCAGACUCCAGUUCUGAUGACGACAUUCAGGUCUUAGAAGAAGAACAAAAUAGGCAAGUGGUAGACUUGACGAACUCGCCGGGUCGGAACGCGCAGCUGGGUGAGGAGGGCGCGCCCGAGCCGGCCGCCGUGCGCUCGCCGCGCCCUCUGUUCGAGUCCGUGCCGCACCGCGAGCCGCCGCUCUACCACACGCCACCCGUGCCCCCGCAUGCGCACCUGCUUCAUCAGAGGAGGUGUGGAUUGCAUUCAUACAUAUUGUUGUUCUCUGUAUUGCGGUGCAUGGUGGCGUGUCGCGGGUGCUGCUGCGCGCCACACGCGCGCGCCCCGCACGCACACCCACACACGCACGCGCACUCGCACGCACACGCACACCCGCACGCCACGCCGCCGCACGCGCAUCUAGGAGAACGUCGGCGAGAAAGCAUGCCCGUACCGCCGCCGUAUCUCGUACACGAGCGGCUCUGGCAGCGACAACAACACAUGUUGGAAGUGCAACGCCGUAGCCUAAUGGGCGACAUGGGCGGUAUAUCUUCAGGUUUCUCUCUCUACCCGCCAUCGUCGUACAUUUCGCCGAGACCUACAACUAUGCUAGCGUUCCCCGAUGAGCUUGACCACAAUGACUUAACACCUACAUCUUUGAUCCUAGACGGCCAGCAUGUACAUCACCACAUGCAUCACUACUUUCAAAUGCCACCCCAUCUUCAUAUCUCCAUUCAACCAUCGGUCACGGGCUCGGGCGCGCUGUCGGCGCUGGUGCGCGCGGGCGCGGGCGAGGAGGGGCGGCGCGCGGCGCGGGGCGCGUCCCGCGCGGUCAUCGAGCGCAACACGUACCGCCACUACUACGCGCGCCCCGCGCCGCACCACCAGGACGAGAAGUGCACCAUCUGUCUCUCCGUCUUCGAGGUCGACUCCGACUGCAGACGUUUACCAUGUAUGCAUCUAUUUCACAUGGAGUGUGUGGACCAAUGGCUCAGCACCAACAAACACUGUCCAAUAUGCAGAGUCGAUAUUGAGACACAUCUCAACAAGGAUGCUACAUUUUAAUUAGGUGGGGUGCACUUAUAAUGGCCUGCUGCUGUAACUCCAAGCUCUCUUGCUGCAACUCAUGUGUUAAUUGUUUUUGAGUGUUACAAGCUCUGAAAAUAAAAAACAGUCUGUAAAUAAUUUAAUAAAUGUACAAUAUAAAAUAUUUUUUCUUCAAUUUGUUAAAUGACUAAUUAAUUAUGAUAAUGUUUAAUAAAGUGACUUUUGUUGGAAUGUAAGUCUAGAGGAAUUUUAUGGAAAAAAAUGUAAAAUGCUUGGCUGUUAUAGGAGUUAGAAUAAUAUUGUUUCAUUUCAUCUCACAGCUGAUAUCUAUUAUAUCUGUUUGACUAAUAUUCACUUCCUAUGAUAGCCGAUGAUAAUUUAUGUGAUAUGUUUGAGAUUUGGUUAAAUUUUUGGGAGCAAUUGUGUUUUUUAAGUAUAAUGACUGAAGGUUACUAAAAUUGGUUGUUACAGGACUGACUCAAAUAAAACAUUUUAAAAUUGAUACUCUUGACUCUAGAUUUACCUGUUAUAAAAUUAUUUUUUAGGUUUGUAAUGUACAAUUUAUUGUUUUAAUCUUGCUUGGUUACUUCUACAUUUAUAAGGGAAAUAUAAAAAGAUUUAAAAGUAGAUUUAAAUAUAUAUAUCACAAUUUAUUAAAGCAUUUUAUAA